UUUAUACCACUAUAAUAAUGCUCUAUUAUACAAACUAACCCUUAUAACUCAAUAAUCCUAAUUUUCCCUUUUUUUUGCUAGUCAUGUUAUCUUAUCAUUGAUCUCCAACCUAAAUCACCCAAUAAUCCACAAUUAUUCGGACGAUAUCCUAAUAUAACGUGGUGUAUCAGAUACACAAGAAUUUAUUAAUAUGGUGGGGCCUACUUAUUAGAGAUGAUUUUGUAUUUAUAAAGAAAUAACUAGUAAACAAAUCAAUGGAACCAAGGGUAGGCAAGAAGGCUCCAUGUCGUCUAUAUAAUCUUUUAUAUCAUAACCUUUGCCUUUUACUUUAUCAAUCAGUAUUACUUGACUACUUAUUUCUAUGGUUUGCCCCCAUCUUUGACCACAUAUUAAACAAGAGUACUAAGAUUUCUUUUCCAAACCCUCACAAAGAUCACUCAGCAAAUAUAGCAACCCAGAAUAUCUUGCAUGGACCUUUAAACUAUCCAAUAUUCUUAACUCCAUUCUCUUCACAUUCUCCAUUCUCCAAGAUAUAUAUAAGAGAGAUCAUGCUGCAAAACAGCAUAUAUCCCUGCAAUUGCAUUGAUCGUAACAUCAACAACUGAAAUGGCACCUUUCCUUUUCUUUCUCUUCCCUCUCCUUGGUCUUUCAUUUGCAGAGAUCUCAAGCAAAAUUGGCAUAAACUAUGGGCGGCUAGGCAACAAUUUGCCGUCUGCAAACCGGUCUAUCGAGCUCCUCAAGGCCAUGAACGCAGGGCGUGUGAAACUCUAUGACGCAGACCUGGAAAUCCUAAAACUCUUAUCUGGAACGAAUCUCCAAGUCUCAAUUAUGGUCCCAAACAAUGAAAUCUCAACCAUUGCAUCAGAUCAAACCAAAGCCGAUGAAUGGGUCCGAAACAAUGUCCUCCCCUAUUACCCCGAAACCAUGAUCCGGUACCUCCUCAUAGGCAAUGAAGUCCUUAGUUACAACUCCUCGGACCAAGAUCGCCAAAUGUGGUACGAUCUAGUCCCUGCCAUGAGUAAAAUUAAGUCCUCCCUCAAAUCACAAAACAUCACAAACAUCAAAGUAGGUACCCCAUUGGCCAUGGAUGCGUUGCAAUCAACAUUUCCACCAUCAAAAGCCACGUUUCGGGCUGAUAUAUCCGAUACGGUCAUGGCCCCGAUGCUGAGAUUCUUGAACCGGACCAGGUCCUUUUUUUUCAUUGAUGUGUACCCUUUUUUCCCAUGGUCUUCAAACCCUGGCAACAUUAGCCUAGACUUCGCAUUAUUUAAAGGAAACAGUACCAUGGAGUACACUGACCCGGGAACUGGGUUGGUCUACACUAACCUCCUAGACCAAAUGCUUGAUUCAUUGAUCUUUGCCAUGACCAAGCUUGGGUACCCCAACAUCCGGCUCCUGAUCACGGAAACCGGCUGGCCUAGUUCUGGGGACAUUGAACAACCCGGUGCUAAUAUACACAAUGCCGCCACAUAUAACCGCAAUUUGAUACACAGAAUGGUUGCAAAACCACCUCUUGGAACACCAGCUAGGCCUGGUGUUGUCAUACCUACAUUCAUAUUUUCAUUGUUUGAUGAAAAUCAAAAGACAGGACCAGGGACGGAGAGGCACUGGGGCUUGUUGCAUGCUGAUGGAACUCCCAUUUAUGACGUUGACUUGACAGGGAAGCGGGUGUUGGAGGACUACGAGCCCUUGCCGGAGGAGCAAAACAACAGGCCAUACAAGGGCGCGGUGUGGUGCGUGGUGGCGAAGGGUGUGAGUGUGAAUGACGAAGAACUGGGGUCGGCUGUAAACAAUGCGUGCAUUGCAGGGAAUGCCAGUGGGACGUGUGACGCUCUUUCACCAGGAAAGGAGUGUUAUGAACCGGUUUCGUUGACUUGGCAUGCGAGCUUUGCUUUCAGCUCGUACUGGGCCAAGUUUAGGAGUCAGGGAGCUACUUGCCAUUUCAAUGGGCUGGCUGAGCAAACAUCUCUGGACCCAAGUCAUGGAUCUUGCAAGUUCCCAAGUGUGAUUUUUUGAAGAUUAUCAGAAAAUGCUUCUCUUAAAAAUAAAAGCAGCUGAUCAGGCUAAAACAAUAUUGCAAGAGAUGGUGUCUCAAUUGUUAGACUUGAAAGUAUAACUGUAACAGAUGAACGUUAAUUUGCUUGUUAUUUAUAUAUAACUGAGAAAAUGUUGCUUUUGUUCAAUGCAACUCUUCAAUUAUCCGUUUUUGUUCAA